AUGAGGGGCUCGUUCGGCCUAGUCCUGCCCGUCCUCGUGGCCGCGGUGACGAUUUGCCUUUCCCUUUGGCUCCACAGGAGCUUCGCUCAUCCACCUCCGACAUCACGUCGGCCGGUGCCACAGCCCGAACUGGAGCUUCCUCAAGACGAGUCAGUGCAAUCAUCGGAAGAGAGGCAGGAUGUCCGGCCUGAUCACGCUAACCCUCCCAGCGAGAGCAAACUUCAAUCCGAAGGCCCCCCGCAUGGACCGGACACUCCAUCACAGGGCCCUGACGCGACACCACCCCUCCCUCCCGCGAAGAGAGGAUUGACAUUGCGAGUGCGUGGGGUGCCCCUCGACUGGGAUAUCCACCGAUUACAAUCCUUCCUAGCUGGCCAAGACCCCUCCAUUGGCCCAACUAUUCGGUCCCUGGCCCUCGAAGUCCAUGGCCGUUCGCAGACAGCCACCGCCACCCUUCAGAAUAGCCCGGCCGAACACUUCCGAUUGAUCCCUCUCCCUGAGUCUCCCAACCAAUCCGCUCAACCGCAAAGUCUCUGGCUUGAUGAUGAAUUCAUCGACGUCACCACGCUCUACGCUCCUCCCUCGCAGAACCACAAGGUCGACAUUAUCGCCAUUUCUGGCCUCGGCGGACACGCAUUUGGAUCGUUCAAGGAACGAAACGGGGACCACAUGUGGUUACGAGAUGCCCUCCCGCACCACAUCGACCAAGGAGACAGCAAGCCGUGUACCCGUGUCAUCAUCUAUGGCUACAAGUCGAGUCUUCCGCAGAGCCAAAGCUUUCAGAACCUGCAAGAUCUCGCAACUUCUUUUCGUGCUAGCCUUUUGCAGUUGGUCUCCGCCGCCACGCCCAAGCCCAUCAUUUUCAUCGCCCAUAGCUUAGGAGGACUCAUCGUCAAGCAGACACUCAUAGCACUAUCGAAAUCAACCAAGGAUGAUGACCAGAAGCUCCUUCGAGCUGUGUAUGGAAUCGUCUUUUUUGGCGUCCCACAUGAUGGAAUGGAUAUCAGCUCACUCAUCCCGAUCGUGGAGGAUGGCCCCAAUCGCUUCCUGCUCGAGUCCAUCGGAAACAUCAAUUCAGCGAUUCUUAGUACCCAGCAACAAGAAUUUCACAAGGCCCUAGGCAGGGAAGGCGAGUCUGAGAUUAUUUGUUUCUACGAGACACGCAAGUCACCAACGGCCGUGCAAAUCGAUGGAAAAUGGAAAAUGGAAGGACCCCCCGCCGUCCUCGUGACCAAGUCGUCCGCUACUCAUUGUCGCCCAUGGGAGGAUGGGCUAGAGCAUAUCUGCGCCGUCGACCGGACCCACUCUGACAUGGUCAAAUUCAGAUCCCAGGACAGCGAAUACGAGAAGGCUCGUAUACUAAUCAGCGGCCUUGCUCGACGGGCACUAAGCGUACAACUCCCAACCCUAUCGAAAUCGGCCCGGGAUUGUUUACGAUCAUUAGACUUCCCAGAAAUAGACAAACGGUCCCUUGAUAUCGACCGUAACACCAAAGGGACAUGCCAAUGGUUGCUUAAACACAAGACAUACAAUGACUGGGCCGCUUGCCAUCGAGGCCUGCUCUGGAUCAGGGGCAAGCCUGGGUCUGGCAAAUCGACCCUACUCAAGUACGCCUUAAAAAAGGUCACAGAAACACCCAAAGUCGAAAGUAGAACUCUUGUUCUCUCGUUCUUCUUCCAUGGUCGUGGAACGGAGCUCCAGCGCACGUCAUUUGGCUUCUUCCGGUCUCUCCUUUGUCAAAUCCUUAGACAAGUCCCCGAUGUACUCUCGGAUCUCGUCGACAAAUUCGAGAGCCGGGUCAGAGAGAAGGGCGAGCCUGGAGAAAAGUGGCAGUGGCAUGCAAACGAACUGUGGGAGUUCUUUGAAUCAUCGCUGCCUGCAAUUUUGCAGACCCGCUCCAUCUGGCUCUUUGUUGACGCAUUGGACGAAGCUGGUGAGCAUACUGCACGCGAUCUAGUUCAGAGAUUUAAGUCACUGCUCGAGCAACUCCCAUCAACUCGCCUACUAUUUCGCAUCUGCUUCGCUUGUCGUGAAUAUCCUAUUCUCGAAGGGAACUGCAAAAUGACCAUAAAUCCUGGGAACGAAAAUCGGGAGGAUAUUUCCACGUAUGUACAAGCCCGGCUUUCUUCAUCCAAACGACUGGGGGCAUCCACGAUUCCGGUUUUGAUUACAAACCGCGCCGACGGUGUUUUCAUGUGGGCACGUCUCGUCGUGGAUGAAAUUCUACGCCUAGACAGCUGCGGAGAGACACUGAAGAAGAUCGAAAAGAAGAUCAGCUCUACUCUACCAGACUUAGAUGAUGUGUACCGUGGAUUCCUCCAAGACCUGGAAGACAAACCAGCCUCCCUGAAACUGAUCCAAUGGAUUUGUUUUGCCAUACGUCCGCUCUCACUAGAUGAACUACGAUGGGCCAUGGUCAUCGAUCCGAAGUGUCCCCACAGAUCAUUGCAACAAUGCCGAGAUGAUGACGAUUACCAAGUCGACAAUGACAGUAUGGAAAGGAAACUCAAUCAUCUCAGUCAUGGCCUUGUUGAGGUUGUGUCAUCUUCAGAUAUGCAUUUCAUCCAGUUCAUCCACCAAUCUGUCAGAGAUUAUUUUGUCAACAAGGGUCUAGCAACUCUGACAGCCAGCCUCAACCCCGCUGAGACCAAGCUCUCUGUGAGUGAUAUGGUCGGAACUGCCCAUCAUGAGCUGUCUCGGACAUGCAUAUGCUACUUGGACAUGGAGGAAAUCAGUCGCUCACCUAUCAACGACCACGAGGUAUUGAUAUCCGAAUUUCCUCUGCUACAUUAUGCCACAACCUCAUGGAUAGGACACGCGGUGGAAAGCGAUGCCAAGGGCAUCUCUCAAGACUAUCUUCUGGACUAUUUUGCCUGGCCAUCGAGCACUCUUCUGCAAUUAUGGGCGUCGAUUUACAACGUGUUAGAGGGAUACUCUUGGGAUUGUCCCAAAGAGAAGACAUUGCUAAUACACGUGGUAUCACGAUAUCAAUUACUGGGACCGUUGCAGGUAAUCCUGCAAAAGAGCCAGGAUGACAUCAACAUCGAUGCAGAAGAUGCCUCUGGCCGGACGCCGCUGUCGUGGGCUGCCGAGAACGGCCACGAGGCUGUCAUCAAGCUGCUGCUCGAGAAGGAUGCCGCUGUCGAUAUUGCUGAUGAAUAUGGCCGGACGCCGCUGUCGUGGGCUGUCCGGAAUGGCCAUGAGGCUGUUGUUAAUCUGCUGCUUGAGAAGGAUGCCGUUGUUAAUAUUACUGAUCCUAUUGGCCGGACGCCGCUAUCGUGGGCUGCUCGGAAUGGCCAUGAGGCUGUUGUUAAUCUGCUGCUUGAGAAGGAUGCCGUUGUUAAUAUUACUGAUCCUAUUGGCCGGACGCCGCUAUCGUGGGCUGCCGAGAAAGGCCAUAAGGCUGUCGUUAAUCUGCUGCUCGAGAAGGAUGCUGUUGUCAAUAUUACUGAUCUUAUUGGCCGGACGCCGCUGUCGUGGGCUGCCGAGAACGGCCACGAGGCUGUCGUCAAGCUGUUAGAAAGCCAUAUCGGUGGCAGGAUCCCGUCCACCUCUAUGAUGCCUCACUCCGAUUCGACUAACUUGAUGGCCGAGUGA